CUAACAUCCUGACAGACUGAGCCUGCAGCCGUCCAUCAGAAACAUUCAUUCAUGGUCGUCUUGUUGCACACUGCACAGCCAUCAUGUCUGAUUCAGAAGAGACUGCAGCCCAUGUGGAGACAGCCUCUACUGAUACUGGUGCAGUGAUUUCAGUUGGCGAUGACACCAUUGGAAUAAUUACCUGGCGUCAGUGUUAUAUUACCGUUAUAAAUAACUGCUCUGAAGACACCCUCUGUAACCCCUGUCAAUACACGCAGAGUGGUCGCUGCACCCAAAUUCCGCCACCGCAGAUUGGCCCGCAGUCAUCUGGCAGUGCCCUGUUCACCAAGACUCCCUACACUGCUCGAGGAUCUGUUGGCGUCAUGACUUAUGACCUCCAGGACUCCACUGAGAAAAUAGCUGUCAUGUUCUCUGUGCCCUACGACUAUAGCCGGUCCUCUAACGUGUAUGCAGUGGGAAUCUUUGACAAGAGCCAAGAGUGUAAUUAUGAUCUUUAUUAUAAGAUGUACUACGACCCACCAACCACCUUUGUCAGAGGUGAAGCUAAGGGCCCCAGUCUCACUUAUAAGGGGGAUCAUGUCACCAUCGUGGCAACAAUGACAGACCUUUAUGAAACUGUCAUAAACGUGGAAGUGAGACACAACUGAAAUAAGAGAGUCAGGAAGAAAGUAGAUUCACCUGCAGCCUAUUCUGCUUUGUAUUUUUUGCUGAAUGUAUAAUUAAUUCUGUGCCAAUGGUUAAUACAUAGUUAAUGUUAAUGUACGGUAACUUUUCUUAAUUUCUUUCCCAAGCAUUAAGAAUUAGAAAUACAUGCUUAAGAUGUCUAUAUUGCUUUACAAUAAAACACAAUCCACUGCUUUGGUGUUAUAGAAACUGUAAUAUGUAAUAACUGUAGUAGAGCAGAUGAUACAUUUGAUGGAUUACUUACGUGUGUUGUGAUUUCACUUGUAACGUUUAUUGACUU